UGGAAAGGGAUCAGAGUUUCCAGGUCGAGAAAAGUAGAAAAAGAAAAAGGAGAACAAGAGAAAACAAUGCCUGGGUUUGGCUCCUCGUGGCUCUCUUCGUCCCCAUUCAGGGGCAAACGCAGCACGGACUCAUCGUCUCCUGCCAAGUACCAGCGCUCAGCAAAUGCCACGACCAAAGGCGAGCAGCACACGGCAAAGCAGCCAAAGUUUCAGUUCCAGACUCUUGUGUUCAAGGUUCAAGUCCAUUGCGAUGCGUGCAUGGGGAAAGUGAAGAAGGCAAUUGCCAGCAUUGAAGGAGUUGAAUCGAUUUCUGUCGACUUGAAGCAGAAGAGGAUCACUGUUACGGGUCACUUUGAUCAGCAAAAGCUCCUCAAGAGGGUGGCCAAGACUGGAAAACAGGUGGAGCUCAUCACCACCAAAGAUGGAAGCAGCAGCAAAAACACCACCACCACCAACAACAACGGCAUGAUCGAUCAGAAGCCUCUCAUGGUUUUCCCGAUGGAUUCCAGCGCCACAGGAGCAAACGCUCCACUUUUCUCCCUGCAAUUCUCGCCUGCCGAAGCCAUCAACAGCAACAGCAACAGCAGCUUCAUGUUCAGCGAUGAGAACGUAAACGGCUGCUGCAUCAUGUAACUUUUGGGUUAUAAAAACAUCCUUGCUUUAGCCUUUGUUUUU